AUGGUGCUGACGUUAGACUACGAGGACCGCGGGCGCGAGUCACCGGACUCCGAGCCUGACUCGGGGUCCGGGUCCGAGUUCGAGCCUCCAGAAGUACUAGACGAGGAUGAACAGGACGAACAAGACGAACCGGCAGCCGAUGUCCUUCCUCCUAUUAUUGAGAAUAGGGAGGACGUCGGCUCCGACGCCGAGUCUUCCCUCCGCAACGACCACUACGACGGAGCCAAGGAAGACGAGGACGAGCCGGAAGUUAUUGAGGCGGAGCACAUUCCGGCCAGCUUGGCGUGGUACCAGCGCGAGCUGACCGCACACACGCUCAACUCGCAACAACACUUCGCCGGUCUACACUCCGAGAGCUACGCAGGAGACGACUUCAAGCGGUCCUUCGUCGGCUCGGAGGCGUGGAGUGGGAGCGAGAAGGCUGCGUUCUUCGCUGCGAUUGCGCGACAUUCCCGCUGGCGACCAGAUCUUAUUGCGGAAGACUGCGGGAAGAGCGAGCACGCCGUUCGCUUAUAUAUCGAGCAGCUGGAGCGGGGGCAGCGGAGAACGAGACGCCGGCCGACCGACGACACAGAUAGUCGGGAGGUUGUGGAAGUCUCUUCUGCCUUCGUGGAGCGCGAGGAAGGCUUUGCUGCCGAGCUACUGUCACUUUCCCAGCCAAAGCAGCGCAUCAAUGCCGGCUAUUGGAGCUGGACGGACGACUUACGCGGACAACUGAGCUCAUUGCAACAGGCUCUCGAUGCAGAGGAGGAAGUUCAAUCAGCCCCUAUCCCGGUGAUCGAACUAGGCGAGGACGACCUCGCUAUCCAGGCGCUCCAAUCGAUCCCGAAACUCACGCGCACGGCACACCAGAAGAAACAACUACGCCAUCUCCUGAACCGGAAGCGCAACCGUACCGCCUAUCGUCGCAAAAUACUUCGCAGCGAGGGAUGGACGGAUGAGCGGAUAGCGGAGGGCGGUGGUGCCGACACUGUCUUCGAACGUGAACAGGAACUCAAGGCGCGCGACAAGCGUCCGGGAGCUAAGCGCAAGGUGCCCGCCGAUGUUCCCGGCCUGCCCAUGGAUGCUGCAGCCAAGAGUAUGAAGGACUGCGGCGCCGUGAAGGCUGUCAAGGAUCGGGGUCUCGACGUGUUUGAUUACAACACGCUGGCCCUGUACACGGGUGAACGUCAGGGCGAGAGAGAACAACUGCCCAACGGUGUCUCCGAUGAGGAGAGGCAGGACGGCGAGGUGCUCGAGGUGGACGAUCCUGACGAGCUUGACUCGAACUCGGACACUGGCCGCCACCCGCCAGCCCACCAGUCCUCAGCAUUCCAGGCGAAGGAAUCUGACGAGCAAGGAGUAUUAUUGCCGUCAAUUAACCUGCCUGUCAUGCAGCAUCUCUACGCCGAGAUGCUCGCGUAUCUGAAGCCGCUUAUUUAUCAGGCUAUCGUGAUCGCAGAGGCGCAGUCGCGUCAAGUCCAGAGCGAAGAGCCUGGAGUGACGGCGUCGCAUGUGCUGGCAGCACUCCGUCUGCGCGACCAGCUGGAGGUCGACUCGGACAGCGACAGCGCUUUCUCCAGUCCGACAAGUGCUGUCUCCGACCUCCCCAGCACAGCUGAGAGUCCCGAGGAUGGCUCUACUAGACCAAAACGGCGACUCUCAGGCUCCCUCUCCCCAAUCUCAAGGGCAGAGGCACAGCUUCCAACAUGGGGCGACUUCCCUCCGCCCUUGCCGUACGAUUCGAGCCCGGUGUCAUCACACACGCCGCUCUCGCCCGAGUCGCCGGAGAGGCUUCUGCCGUCCCUGCCUCUGUCACCCGAGACGCCGACGCGACCGACCCACCCCAGAUGGGAAGUGGACAACACGCCUCAGCCUGUCCCGGAGUUCUCCCUCCUGUCACCAGACACGACGACAUCUGGGCCCUCUCGCACGUCUCGAGUCUCUGGCUUUCCGCAGGACGAGCUCCCGUCCUUCCCAAUCGCGCACCCCGAGCCCAACUAUCUGGACGAAGGGACCGACGAGGAGGACGAGGCGAUCGAAGCGGCGCUGCGCCGAUACCAUAAGUCGGCCGACCGCGCCUGGGACAGACUGUACGCCCACGGCCUACGGAAUGCAGCCAAACCCGACCCGUUCGCGACGCCGACGCCGUUUUCGCAAUCACAGUCUCGGCGCUCCACGCCUCGAUCUCGAUCGCGCUCCCGCUCCCGCUCCAGUCGGUCGGCAUCCCUGGCCCCCGAGCCGGACGAGGAAGCCAGGCGGGAGCGGAAGAGGCAGAAACGCGCUCAGGAUAAGUUGGACCGCGCCUCUGAACGCGCCGAGGAUGACUUUGCGCGCUACGCCAGCGUGAGGGAUACGCUGCUGAGGAGGCGGGAGAGGCGGCGGGCGCAGCUGAAACGGCUCAAAGACACGGAGCGGACGAAGAAGAGGCGAAGACUCAAGCCGCCGGCUGACGAGUUUGAUGACGAGGAGGGCGAGGUCGUCCUCCCCGAAGAGGAGAGGGGGCCGAUCCUCGAUGAGAUCAUCGGCACGACGGAUGAGGAGGACGAGGAGGGCGAGGAGGGCGAUGGGGAGGGUUCCGUCGCUGGCAUUCUGGAGGCUGACGGUGAGGACGCUGACGGCGAGGAAGCCGUGGCCGACGACCCGGCUGAGGAGGCUGGCGAAGACGGUGCCCUCGACGAAGACGAGAACGAGGACGAGAAGGAGGAGCGUCUUCACAACACCUCAGACUACGAGGAUGAGAAGGAGGAGGGUGCCGCUCCGUCUGACGAGUCCGAGGACGAGUCUGACGGAGACGGCGCGCUCGAUGAAGACGAACCAGAAGCCGACGGCGCCCUCGACGAGGACGAGCCCGCUGACGAUAGCUUCUAA